GCUGCUCCAGUCCACACAGUUCUGUCUCAUCGGGGGUGAGACACUGUGAGACUAUUCCAGUGACACAAUAAUUAGCAGCCCUUUGCUGCUCCAAAACACAAAUAUUUUGCAGGUAGCCUAAAGGAACCUUCUUAUCAGGGAAGAUAUGGCUCGUUUUCUUUCUCGAUUUUCUUCUUUUCUCAACAAAGCAAUUGCACCUAGAAGAACGUUACCUGCUGUAAAGAACAGUUUUAAAAGGAUUAGACCGUUUUACACGAACUCCGGUCUGGGAUCAGGUCUGGGAUCACUUACGCGCUACGAUGAGACAGCUGUCGCGAUUGAUUGGAAAAAGAAACUAACACCAGAGCAGUACUAUGUGACCAGAGAAAAGGGGACAGAGCUGCCUUUCAGCGGCAUCUACCUGAACAACACUGAAGCAGGACAUUACCACUGUGUGUGCUGUGAUGCACCUCUCUUCAGUUCAGAAACAAAGUACAACACUGGUACAGGAUGGCCUUCAUUUUACGAAGCCCAGGGCACGUGUGACAGAGAUGAAAGCAAUACCAACAUCCUCCGCCGGCCUGACAACUCCCUGGGCUCUGCUGGAACCGAGGUCCUUUGCCGACAGUGUGACGCCCACCUUGGCCAUGUCUUUGAUGAUGGACCAGAGCCUACAGGACAGAGAUUCUGCAUCAACAGUGUUGCGUUAACCUUCAAACCCACUUCAAAAUAAUUAUAAACUGAAAAGGAAAAAAAAAAAGUCAGUAUUAUGAUGCCAAAAGCUGUAGUUAGCAUGCUGUAUUUCUCAUUUAAUAUACACGUGGUUGUUUUUAUGAUAGUACAUUUACUACCUUUCAGGCCUUUCAAAUCCGGAGACCUGGGUUUGAGUGCAGUAGACAGAAUUUGGUUGGACACAAUUAACAACUUCUAUAGAGGGAACAGCAGUAUUGACUGACUCCCAGAAUAAAUUGAAAUUUCGCAUUUACAUUCUAAACAGUUUAACGCUGCAUAAUAUUAUCCAGGCUUCUCAUAAAAUACACAUAUACAUGUAAAAUUGCCCACUUACACUGAAUAUUUGGAGUUACCCCUGCUAGGCAUGGUGUUAAUUCAUAAUACCUUCAAACCUUACACAGCAUUGCAUUUAUAUCAGGAUUCAAAACGUUUUGUAAGUCAUUUGAGGUGUAUAUGUAUGUAUGUUUUUCAAUGACAAAUGAGUGGGCUGGACAUUCUCAAAAAACAACAGGGUUUGCUGUGAUGCACUGUCAAAUAACCGUCUGCUCAAAGGUCAUACAGUCAGGGGGCUGGGUGGCUCAUUGGCUAAAGCAGUGCCCUUUCACCCCCUGCACCACAGAGCGGGUCAGUCCUGAAGCCCUAAGCGAAAUCAGUUUGCAGACAUGGAGACUCAGUUACCUCUCACCUCUGGGUCAGGGUUCAGACUGGGACACUGGGAGGAAUUGGGCCUUGAAGUAACUUUAAAAAAUGGAUGGUGAGUAAGUAGAUUCAAGAAAAUGCACAGAGUCCUUUUCUUCAAUC